UCCCGUUGUUUGCCAUUCACCUGCUGCAAUGGCUGGCAGCUUCACCGUUGUUCAGGAGAGGUCGCUUGCCUCGCAGGCAUGUCUGGCGGAGUGGAGUGGCGACAAGGACCUGCUGGCCCUCGUGUGUCGAGACCAGCAUCUCCUCGUCUUCCGACUGAAUUGGCAGAGGCUCUGGGCCGUCAUCUCUGAGGUGCCUGUGACUGCGCUGACGUGGCGGCCCGAUGGGCGGGCCAUUCUGACGGGGCACACAGAUGGCAGCAUCGUGUACCGCCACGUGGAGGGCGGAGACACCAUCCACCAGGUCUCCUCCUUCCACUCCGCCCCUCUCUCCUCCCUCUCCUGGUCCUCCCUGCACCUCUCCCUCUCCACCACCGACUCUGCACCUACCACUGCCGCCACCACUGCUGCUGCUGCUGCUACUGCUGCUGCUUCUGCUGCUACUGCAACCACCGCCACCAGCACUGGUGCCUCCCCUCCUCUCUCCCCUUCCUCCCUCCUCGCCAGCCUACCCCCCCUCUCGUCCCAUUCCACCCCGCUCCCACCUUCUCUCCCCUCCCCGCCUUUCCCCCACGGGCCCUACCCCGACCUCACUCACAUCUACCUCCCCCGGACCCCACCUGCCUCCUCCCUCCCCUCCUCCGCCUCCCUCUCCGCAUCUGGUGCUGCUGCUGCUGUGUCAGCGGCUGCUGGCUCGGCCGCUGACGUGGAUGGGGCCAGCGCGCCUGAGGAUGAACGGUGGUGGCUUCGCAUGCCAGCUGGCAAGGGGAAGGCGGGAGGGGGAGGGGGAGGGGGAGGGGAAGCAGGAGUGAGUGGAGGGGGAGAAGGAGGGGAGGGAAGUGUGUUGUGUGUGUUAGUGAGUGUGGAUGUGAUGGGGUGUGUGGUGGUGAGCGCUUUCGGCAUCUUUCCACUGAUCAGGCUGGACAUCACGGGCCACGUGCCAGCAGGUGGAGGAGUGCCAGAUGUAGCUACCACAAGCACACGCAUGGGGCAGUGGGGUCAUGCAAGAGGGACGCCAGUGAAGGCGCUGCUGACACCUGACCACUCUCAUCUCGUGGUCGCCACUGCAAACAGCAGCAGCAGCGGCGGGAACAGCAGGGAUGGCAAGCCGUUGCAGCAGGGGAGGCAGGAGGAGGCGAGUGAAGUGCUUCUGUUCGACACAGCUGUGCUGAGGGACAGCCCCUGGGAAGUCCUUGCCGUGUCAACCCACGGGGCAGCGCUGACAGGGCUCAUGGAGUCCGUGUCAGCCACUGCUGCUGCCAUGCACGGCCAGUGGGAGGCCGCCAGCUGUCAGUGGCGGGAGAAGGUGCAGGGGCUGCAGAGACUGCUGGAGGCGGAUGGUUGCCCCGCCGAUCCCCGCUCAGAGCUGCUUUACAUGCUUGCAACGGGGGCUGCCAGCACGGAUCUGCACAGCUUUUUCUCGGAUACCCUUGCAGGCGAAGCAGGAGUGAAGCGCCUGGCUCGCACGAUAGAGACAGCAGGCGAUGCCGUGCACGCGCUGCUCACUCUGCACCUGCUCCCUGCCCUAGAAGAGACCCUCUUUCGUCUCUCCUCCCUGCACUCCCUUGCUGCCGUUGCCACUGCCACUGCCCCUGCACCUGCCACUGCUACUGGCGCCACUCCUGCUGCUGCUUCUACUGUCAUUGCUCCAGGGGCUGUCAGCCCUUUUGAGGCCCUGGGACUGAAUUACUGCACUGGUGGUAAUGGUACAGCCAGUAAUGGCACUGGCACUGCCACUGCCCCUGCCACUGCCACUGCUGCUGGUGCCACUGCUGCUGCUGCUGCUUCUACUGCCGUUUUCCCAGGGGCUGUCAGCCCUUUUGAGGCGCUGGGACUGAAGUACUGCCUGGUUGGUUAUGGUACAGCCAGUAAUGGCUCUGGCAGUAGUGACUUUGGUGGCAAUGCGGACGGCAGUGCCAGUGGCAGUGCUGGCGGCAGUGCUGGUGGCAGUGGUGAUUCUGCCGGUGGGUUGUUGCAGAGGGCGAUAGAGGAGGUGACGGUGGCGAUGGUGCUGGGUGAGCGGCUCAUUCGCCUGCUCGCAGUGCUGCUGCCGCAGUUUGCCGCGUUCUUCUUGUGGCUGCUGCGGUGCAUUCGCACGGAGAAUGAGGAUGAGGUUGAGGAUGUGCGGCCGGGGAACGCUGCCAACAACCAGGCACUUCUCGUAAACACGGCAGUAGUGGCGGACUUUCUUCAACAGCAUUUUGACUGCGACCCAGUCAAGGCACAGCUGGAGAUGCCUGCCCCAGAUGCGACCUGUGGCCAUGCCCCCAGGGUGCCACCUGUGUUCCCGGGCUUCACAAGUGAAACUGAUCAGAAUGCGGACGCGCUGCUAAGGGAAGUCAUCUGUGACCUCGCUGGAAUCACCAACCCUGCAGCUGUGCACCCCGAGGGGGGCAACACUCUCCGGCAGCAGCUGGAGCGAGUGAUAGAGAGUUGUGAAGCGGUUCUAUCAGCCACAGCAGCUAGCUUCUCUGCUCGUGCAGUGUCUGCGCUGCCGCCUCUGCAGCUGCCUGCAGUGCCUGCCGCCCCUCUUCUGACUCCGAGCCAACAGAUUGCCGCCCAACAGAGUGCCGCACAGACGCAGGUUCAGACACCAACACGGCCGCAGGGGCACGGUUCAGCAGCAGUAGGAGCAGCCACACCAAUCGCCGUGCCUAUUCGAGCUCCAAUCAGCAUCUGCUGCACACAGCCUUGCAUGCCCGCUACCACUACCAACACGGCCAACACUGCCACCAACAGCACUCCUCCACCGAUGUGCCUUAUUGUGGCUCCUCUCCUCCCAUCCUCCACCCCUGCCACCGCCGCUGCUGCCGGUGCCAGCAGCAGCAGCAGCAGUAGCCAAGUGCUGGUGUGCAGAGUGCCCCUGUCCUCCUCAAAAGGCUCUGCACCAGUAGUGGCAGCAGCAGCAGCAGCAGCAGCAGCAGCAGCAGCAGAAGGGGAGGUGGAGGUAGCGGUAGUGGAUGUGGGGGAUGGCUGUAUCGUCACAGAUGUGGCCAUUUAUAAGGACCACCACCUAGUGCUGCUGCUGAGCGCUGCAGUAUCAAGGGGAGCCGCAGGCAGUGCAGCAGCAGCAGGCAGGGAGGACUCGCAGCAGCAGCAGCAGAUGGGGAGGGUGGUUCUGUGUCCCGUGGAGAGCUUGACUUUCACAGGGCUCAGGCCGGACCAAGGGGACACGCUUGUGCAGCACCUACCCCCCUCGCAGCCCCUCCCUUCAGAGCGCCUCAGACAACGCCCUCUCACCUUCGCCCGUCCCCUCGCCCCCCUUGCUGCCAGCUGUAAGCUUCUCACGUUAUCCUCCGCUCGCCGGCGACUGCAGCUUGCACGAUGCAUCAUCUCAAGCUGCUCGCGGGCUGGCUGCUGUGUUUGGGGCUCAGCGGCGGGUCUUGGUUCUGGACCUGGAGGAGGAGGAGGAGGAGGAAGAGGAGGAGGAAGAGGAGGAAGAGGAGGAGGAGGAAGGUGAGGGUGAGGAGGGAGGAUGAUGAUUCUCAUUGUGGGGCUCAGCGGAGGGUCUUGGUUCUGGACCUGGAGGAGGACGAGGAGGACAACGAGGAAGAGGAGGAGGUAUAGGAGGAGGAAGAGGAGGUGGCUGAGAAGGGAGGAUUAGCAGUUUUAGAGAUGGCAUUUCUAAAGCUGGGUCUUAGUCUAGAACUGGGAAAGGGUGCGGACGGGGGGGGGGGGGAACAAGGGGAGGAGGAACAAGAGGUUGAUAAUGAAGGGAUGAAGCCACAGCUCUGGGUGUGGGCUGGAGGAGGGCGAGGAGGAAGACAGGGAGGAAUGAGCGGCAGAAGGAGGUGCUGUGAGAAGGUGGAGCCUCGGGAAUGGAUGAGGGGCGAGACAGCAGUAAGAGACGAGAAAUACGUCUAGUGAUUGAGAGGAGGGUAGUUGAUUGUUGAUGUCUGCCAUUUGGAGGUGCCGUUGUGCUGGUGGCAUGGUCUACAGUUUGUGCUGCAAUUCUGGUCUUGUGAUCUCUUGGUAAGGGAUGUCCAGCCACAAUAGAGUCUAAUAGUUCAACCAAGACAUUAUGUGGAUCUAUGUUGGAAAGGUUGACAAUUGAGUGCAUUCCUAGGCGGUGUUAUUGAUGUUGGAGC